UACAGCUUUUAUUGAGGAAUGCAAUAAACAUACGUAUCAUUUUCCUGUACAAUUUUAAUGGCCUGUGGGGGAGAAUCUUAAAAAACAUCCCAGUCUGCUGAAUGGUUGAGUUUAGGGGGAAAACUGACCCAGCACAUGCCUCGCAACUCCCUGAUGAGGUCACCGUGGUUCGGCAAGGUGAAUCGAGGUCGCUUGCCAGGGCGAUGGCCAAGCAGAACCGGAAUCGCCAGAUUCCGUUUCGGUCUCCGCUUUAACCCUCCGAAGACCGAAGACCGGGAGGCUUGAGUGGAUACCAUGGGUCAGUUCCCCGACGGGCCGCCAGGGGGCGACGGACCCGGAUGGCCCUGGAAACCGGGCUCCCUCCGGCCGCGGGUGGGAAAAAACAGAUGAAGAGGGUCUGUGAUGGAGAAACGGCAGAAAAGACACCGAGCCUAGGAAGUCUGUUCAUUCCGCCCUCCUUGAUUUCAGUCCAGCACCCGUCACUGUCUUUCUCUCACUGUUGCGCCUGGAUCUCUCUAAAACAAAAGCCUGACUUUGUCAUCACCACUCGUUGAAACUCUUUAACGACACCCCCAGCAUAGUUUACAAGAAAAAAAGCUAAACGCAGGAGCUGCGUGAUCUUGCCCCAACCUAUUUCCAGGCCAACAACUUCUGGAGCCGUAUUAAACUACUCUGAAUUAUUUGACCUCAUCAUCCUCUUUCUAUCCUGUGAAUCCUGAAAUGUUUGGUUCCCCCCACCUGGGGUACCUUUCCACACCAGGUUUACUGGGAGAAUUCUGACUGUCUUUCAGCUAAACAUCACCUUCUCUGUGGAAACCUCCUGACAAGACACCCCCCAAUCCCCUAUCCCCGCCCCAGUUUGGGGUAGGGAGUCCCUCCUGUGUUGCCGUUAUCCCUGGGCUUCCCCCAUCCUGUUGUGUAAUAUCUGGCCUUGUCUUUCGGUUUCAGCGCCUGUCCCAGAGCAAGAUGAAUAGAGUGCAGGAACUGACUGCAGACUGAAUGCAGGAGAUAGCACAGGGUUCAGUCUCGGCCACGUGUGAUCUCAAACUAUCUGGUUCACGUUGUGAGAAAUAGCAAAUCAUUAAAACAGUACUUAAAAACAGUGCUUGGAACACUGUAAGCACUCAAACGUCAUUUUCACAGCGGCCAAGAUGCCAUUGCCCUUUUAAGGACCCCUUCCCCACUUUCGCAGCUAAGCGGAAUAUCCGCUCAGGGAUCCGGAAGUGACCUCAGAGCCCCUCAGAAACAUGGCCCCGGAACGUUCUUCCGGAAGCGGUCAUAGGCAUCUCCGUGACGCACAGCGAUUUAGAGCGUCCCGCAGGGUUUCCAUGGUGCAGCCCUCAGUCCCGAGUACCUCGGCUUUCUCUCGUUCCCGAGCGCUCUGAACAAGGCAGGAGGCGAGUCGCUCUCGCGACGUUGACGCCGCUUGGAGGGGUUGGGAGAACAGGUGACGCUCUAGGAAAGCCCGUCUUCAUCUCUAUGGUGCCGAAUGCUCUUGCGCGCCGCUCCAGCUUGUCGGGACGGACGUUGCCCCUUUAAUCGGCGGAGGGCGGUGCCAAGGAGGUCCCGCGAGAGCGGCGGGGGGCGGGGGGCGGUGCCGAGGCUGGGGGCCUGUGGCCGAUGGAGCCCGCGAUGGAGCCGGAGACUCUGGAGGCGCGAAUCAACAGAGCCACAAACCCCCUGAACAAGGAGCUGAACUGGGCCAGCAUCAACGGCUUCUGUGAGCAGCUCAGCGAGGACUUUGAGGGGCCUCCACUUGCCACUCGGCUGUUGGCCCACAAGAUCCAGUCCCCGCAGGAGUGGGAGGCAGUCCAGGCCCUGACGGUGCUGGAAACAUGCAUGAAGAGCUGCGGCAAAAGGUUCCACGACGAGGUGGGCAAGUUCCGCUUCCUCAACGAGCUCAUCAAGGUUGUGUCUCCCAAGUACCUAGGUUCUCGGACAUCAGAGAAGGUGAAGAACAAGAUCCUGGAGCUUCUCUACAGCUGGACGGUUGGCCUCCCCGAGGAGGUGAAGAUUGCAGAGGCCUACCAGAUGCUGAAGAAGCAGGGGAUCGUGAAGGCCGACCCCAAGCUGCCAGAUGACGCCACCUUUCCUGUUCCUCCACCACGGCCAAAGAAUGUGAUCUUUGAAGAUGAGGAGAAAUCCAAGAUGCUGGCCCGCCUGCUGAAGAGCUCCCACCCCGAGGACCUCCGAGCAGCCAACAAACUCAUCAAGGAGAUGGUGCAGGAGGACCAGAAGCGAAUGGAGAAGAUCUCGAAGCGGGCGAGCGCCAUCGAGGAGGUGAACAACAACGUGAAGCUGCUGACUGAGAUGGUGAUGAACCACAGCCAGGGCGGCGCGGCGGCCCGGAGCAGCGAGGACCUCAUGAAGGAAUUGUACCAGCGCUGUGAGCGCAUGCGGCCCACCCUUUUCCGACUGGCCAGUGACACGGAGGACAAUGACGAGGCCUUAGCGGAGAUCCUGCAAGCCAACGACAACCUUACCCAGGUCAUCAACCUGUACAAGCAGCUGGUGCGGGGCGAGGAGGUCAACGGCGACGCCACCGCUGCCUCCAUCCCCGGGAGCACCUCGGCCCUUUUGGACCUCUCAGGCCUGGAUCUCCCUCCGACAGGCACCACCUACCCAGCUGUGCCCACCCGCCCUGGCGACCAGGCCAGCCCGGAGCAGCCCAGCACCUCGGUUUCCCUACUUGAUGAUGAGCUCAUGUCUCUGGGCCUCAGUGACCCCACACCCCUCUCUGGCUUGGAUGGUGCUGGGUGGAACAGCUUCCAGUCGUCCGAUGGCACGGAAGCCCCAGCCCUGACUCCGGCCCCCAGUGUGGACAGUCGGCCCCCAGCGCAGACACCCCCGCCCGCGAGCAGUGGUCUGGAUGACCUCGACCUCUUGGGGAAGACCCUCCUGCAGCAGUCGCUACCCCCGGAGUCCCAGCAAGUGCGGUGGGAGAAGCAGCAGCCAGCCCCCCGGCUCACACUCCGGGACCUGCAGAAUAAAAGCAGCUGCAGCUUGCCCAGCUCCAGUGCCACCGGCCUGCUCCACACCGUGUCCCCUGAGCCCCCCGGGCCUCCGCAGCAGCCCACACCCACCGAGCUCUCGCUGGCCAACAUCACUGUGCCUCUGGAGUCCAUCAAACCCAGCAGCAUCUUGCCGGUGACCGUGUAUGACCAGCAUGGCUUCCGGGUCCUCUUCCACUUCGCGCGAGACCCGCUGCCUGGGCGCUCCGACGUGCUGGUGGUGGUGGUUUCCAUGCUGAGCACCGCCCCCCAGCCCAUUCGCAACAUUGUUUUCCAGUCAGCUGUCCCCAAGGUCAUGAAGGUGAAGCUUCAGCCACCCUCAGGCACGGAGCUGCCAGCAUUUAACCCCAUCGUCCACCCCUCAGCCAUCACACAGGUCCUGCUCCUUGCCAACCCGCAGAAGGAGAAGGUUCGCCUCCGCUACAAGCUCCUCUUCACCAUGGGUGACCAGACCUACAACGAGAUGGGGGAUGUGGACCAGUUCCCCCCACCAGAGACCUGGGGGAGCCUCUAGAACCGAGAAGGCUGGGGAGAGGAGGGGCCAUGGCACUGGCUGCUGCCAAGCCUAGGUGGAGGCCAUGGCGGCCUGGGUGUGUUCCCACAGCCAUAUUCCCCUGGGUCUGGUGCUUCUCCCCUCACCCCUGCAGCCCCCGCCAUCCUUGCCCCCUCCCCUGCGGAGCCAAACCCAGCAGGAGGCUGGGCCUGGGUUUGCACUGGUGGGGACUGUCAUCACAGGUGGGAGCCUGGAGCAGGGAGGGCCCACACGGCCCCGGAAGGACUUGCGGUCGUAGGGGAGAAGCAUGGCUGUCGGGCAAGGGCCAGGGCCUGAGGCCUACUCCAGACCCCAGCCUGGGGAGGGGUCCUCCCUGCCUGUCUCUUAUGCCUUAUGGGAAGGCCCAGCCAUAACUCGGGGCCGUGCUGGAGCCGGGACCAGCUCAGGCCUCCUCCAUAGGAACCGGGUGACUGUGGGGGUGACGCCCGCACCCCCAGCCCUUUGCACUCUCGGGUUUGUGGUUUGAUUCUCUUAGCUUUUCUCUCUGAGUGGCCCUGUGGUCACCAUCUCAGGGGGCCAGUGUGGGGAGACCCCCCACCUGUCCCCCACUCCUGGGGAUCUCACUCUAGCUGCCUGGCCCCUUUGCUGUCAGGCCUCUGGGUGGGGGGACUAGGGGGGUCAUGUGACUGCUGGCCCAAAGGUAAUGCCCCAGGCGGUGGCCCCAGCUGAGGGCUCCUGGGCUCCUGGCCAAGGGAGGUCCUACACUGGAGUUCUUGCGUGUCUCUUUCAUUCAUUGGGCUUUGUUAACCCAUCUAUCCAUGGGCAGAAGUGGGGUCGGUGUGUGAGUGACAGCAGGAGUAUUUAUGGAAAUAAAACGUCCUUUUUCCUGGA